GCGUUAUUCAUUGAAGCAGGUACCCGUAAACAUUGUCUUGAAGCAAGGAAUGCUAGUUCUCAAGAGUAAUGGCUUUGCCGUUAACAGACGCUUCUAAACAGACCAGGGCUCCGGCAAAUGCAGAUAUCUUCAAGAAAGAAGAUUUUGGAUUCGAAAAAGUUAACGAAACAGUCGCUAAAUUGCAGGAAAAUCUAAGACAGAGCCUGAAAAACAAGAAAGAUAGAGAUCAGAUCUACAAAUGUUACAUCGACCUAGGUGCGGCCUACUAUCGUUUGUUUCGUUACGAAGAGGCGGAGACAUGUUGCUGGAAGCAUUUGAAUAUGGCAAGGGAAAAGAGGUUUUUGAACGAGGAGCAAGUAAAGACAGCACUUACGAAUCUGGGUUGUGUUCUAAGGCAGAAGAUGCUGUACGACGAAGCUUUGAGACAUUAUAAAGAAGCAAUGGAAAUUGCUGAGCGGAUCGAGGACACGCGUGCCUAUGCACGAAUUCUUAAUAACAUGGGCAACAUCUAUCAAAGCACAUUUGAUUUUGACUCUGCAAUAGAAUGUUUUGAGAAACGAGCAGAACUUGCUUCUGAUAUUAAGGACAGUGAUGGGUUGAUCAAGGCGUAUGGGUCUCUAGGAGGCAUCUUUCAUUUGAUGGGAGACUUACGAAAGAGCAUUCUUUACUACGAGAAAGUAAUUAUUCACGUGCGCAUGAAACUAGUGAGACAGCAAGCCCUAGCACAAAGAGAAAAGGAAAAGGCGUUGAAAGAGGAAGAAGACAGGCAAAAUGGAAUACUGCCACCUCCGGUUAAAAAAGACAUUGUGAUUGAGAGCGAGGAACCGCAGCAACCAGAUCAAAAUGGCGGCCUACUCGGUAUUUUUAAAUUAUUUGGAAAGUCAAAAGAACAAAACAGUUGAUGGGC